UAUGGUCUACUUUUCCCAUAGGCUGUUCUGUGAAAGAUUCUGCCAGACCUAAUCUUACUGCAAUACGUUGAUACGGAUGUGUGGACAAUGAGUGAGAGCUUCGUUAAGGUGUCUGAUAAUCUCUUAAACUGAUGCGAUGUUUAAGAUGAAAACGGUGAGGUUCUCGCCUUACGAAGCUACCCCAAACUUUUUGUCUGGCUUAGCUUUCGGGUUGAGCUCGGAUUCCUUCCCUUUGCGCACGACAAGCGCGUGUUGCGACUAGUGCUCGUGAAGUACUCCCUUCCUUUCAGAGAGUGGUCUGAUGAGUACUCCAUUCUCUUUUGAUCUUCUUCAAUCUCUACAGCUGAUGUACAGCCGGCGAACGUUCUCUAGUUUUUAUUCAUUUUUUUAGAUAUGCAACAUUUUUUACUUCUUCAAAAGCGAGAUGCACGCGUUUUGCGAUGGCCAUGCUCGUUUAUUCGUUCCUUCCUUCUCACCCAACUCAUUUUUCAGCUCAGUUUGGGAAGCCUUUCUCGGCACGCUUUUAGAAGGCGCGAAAAUGCCCGUUUCCCGUAGUAACUGCGUUCAACCGAAUCUUUUGCGGUAAGCCAUUGACCAAAAAGAGACAGCAUUUGCAAAGAAGAUUCAUUUACUUAGUAAACUUUGUUGGACCGAAAGUACACUCAGCUCACAUUUUGUGAUCUUGCGCCGAAACCACGUAUAUAUACCGCAGAUAUGAUUGUAUCAACCCAUAAACAAAUUAACCAUCAUCAAGAGCACAAACUCGAGCGCAGUACAAACAGUGCAGACCAGCAAAGUUUCACAUUUGUUCUAUACAUUCGUUAGCAUUGUUUUAGUGUAUUGUUCUAAUUUGCUAUACUGAUUUCAACGAGCUGUUUGCUCAAAAGUGCAGUGCAACUAAGCCAACGAUUAAGUCAAUUGACAUAGUAGUUAUUUUCUACGAAUACAAACAAAAUGAAGAUCUUUGUUGUCGCUACAAUCUUCUUGGCUGCUCUAGUCACAGCCGAACCACCUGCCCCACGCAACGGGUUUUCCUCUCCUUCGAGCAACUACCUGCCCCCCGGUCAGUCGUUCAAUGGGAAUAAUGGUUACAACUAUAACUCAAACGACAAUGGUUACAACUACCCCUCGGCCUCCAACGGCGGAAACUUUCCUGCCCCAUCCCAACAGUACGGAUCGCCCUCUGGCAACGGUGGAAACGGCGGAUACAACUAUGAGGACGCUAAUGCACAACCAGCCAAAUACUCAUUCGAGUACAACGUGCAGGACUUCGCUUCCGGUAACGACUUCGGACACAUGGAAUCUCGUGAUGGCGACCGAACCGUUGGACGCUACUAUGUCCUCCUUCCCGACGGUCGCAAGCAAGUUGUAAAUUAUGAAGCUGACCAGAACGGAUAUCGUCCAACCAUUACCUACGAAGAUGUUGGUACUGGAAAUGGAGCUAAUGGUAACAAUGGUGGAUAUGGAGGUAACGGCCAGUUCAACGGAUAUCAAUAAUUUUCCGGCAAUCCCAACGACGACAACCCAUUGGUUAUUGUAGAUAUUUCCAGACAGUAUCGCUGUAGUUAAACGAAAUUCAUAGGUAAUAGACAACAUUGUAAGUACUGCACUCGUCAUUUCAUGAAGCACAAGAAUGUUGUUAUAGGCCCCAGUCAUUGAAGUGUCAACUGAUAUGCGCCAGUUAUCCUUUAGUCAGCAUAACCACACUUCUACGAUACGACCCAAGCGAUGUUUAAAAGAAACUUUGAUCAACACGUUUAAUGAAGGAGUAGAACAUAAGCGUUUCAACUCUGCAAUACAAUUUAAGUGAGUUAUUAAGAGCAAUGUGAAACAAAUCUAAAAAAACCCCCUCUGCAGAGGAUGGAGUAAAAAAAGACAAAAUAUUUAAUGAAAGUAGCAUAAACUAUCAUGCUUUUUUUCGAGGAAAAAGAAUAACGAUGAUGAAGGUACUGCCAUAACCAACAAAAACAACGAUAAACACCAUACGUCAACGCUUUCCAAAACAACAACACCAUAGAGCAUGAAAGAACAUUGUCAUUAGCAAAACAACAAACACUAAAUCAAACACCUAUUCUCAGUAGAUGCCACUGUAAAAAUCAUGAGAUAUGUUUUAGAUUUCUGUCAAAUUGUUAAUAUUGUUUCACCGUUUUGUUAUCGGAUUGCGGCGUCCCUGCUGUAAAGUCUAUAUAUUUGUACAUGUACUAGGUUGUAGUAAGUUCAUAUAAAAGAGGAAUGUUUUGUUAAUUGUACGUGAAAAUAAACUUUCCAACAAGUCUCAUGAAUGAACUCAACAAUGAACUAUAA